CCGGAAGUGAAGUUUGACAGAAUGCAAAAAUUCGGUCAAGAGAUGUUUUAUAUGUUUUUGUGGAAAUUAUACACAUUUUUGAAUUAAGAAUGAUUAAGAUUGCUUUAUUUAUAGCUUUCAUGUUAACAACUACUUUCCUGAGCAUAACAUAUGGCAAUGGAAAUGAGAAAUUGACAAUUGGUACAAUUCAGGAUGAAUCUUCAAAACAGGUUCCUGUUGACCAUGUUGACCCAGGGGAACAAAGUCAUGAAAAAUUACCACCUGAAAUAAAAGUUGAACAGAUUGAUGAAAAAAAGACAGAUGUUCAAACAGAAAAACAAGAAACACAGACAAAAGAAAAACAAGAUAAUGUUGAGCAGCUAAGACCACAGGUGGAACCAUUCACAAUACAAACUGAGAAGCAAGAAAAACAAGAUUCAACAGACACAAUUGCAGAGAAAAAAGAAACUGAAAAUCCUCAAGUCAAACCAAUAAACAAUGAAGAUAAGAAUGUACAAAUUCCAGAAAGAGUUCUCACAGUUACAAAUAAAUCUUUAGAACAGACACCAGACACAGAAAAAGAUGUACCUCAACAGUUGGAAGAUAAGGUUCUAACAGGGGCAGAUAAACUAGUUGAUACUAUUACUGAACCAGCAAAAACUGAUGGAGAUAAACAUAAACAGCAGGGGGAUGAAAUUCAGACGUUUACAGAGUGGACACAAAAAGUUUUAGAAGAGGAAAAGCAAAAAAGUUCAACAGAAGCUACAGGAUCAAGUGUUAGUAAAUCGAAAAGAUCUGUGAAUUAUGCCUCUAAAGAAUGUGGUGCCAAAGUAUUAGCCAGUAAUCCUGAAGCUGAGAAUAUUAAAGCUGUACUAACCAAUAACAAGGAUGAAUAUAUGAUAAAUCCAUGUAAAGUGGCAAAAAAAUGGUUUGUUAUAGAACUAUGUGAGCCAAUCCAUGUCAACAAUUUUGAGGUUGCCAGUUUUGAAUUGUUUUCCUCACAACCAAAGACAUUUCGUGUAUCCUUAAGUGAUAGAUAUCCUAGCAAAGAAUGGACAAAUAUUGGCGAUUUUACUGCUUCAGAAGAGAGAAAAUCUCAUCCAUUUCCUGUUAAAGAUGGUUAUGUGGUUCAGUUUGUUAAAGUAGAGAUGUUAGACCAUUAUGGCACUGAACAUUUUUGUCCUUUGACUUGGUUCAGAAUGUUUGGAAUGCCGGUGGAGUAUGAUGAGUAUGGACAUCGACCUCAUGAAGAUAAUGAUGAUAAUGAAAAUGAUAUGGAUGAAGUAUUAUUGAGAAAUGAGCAGACAGAAGAUGCAGAAUCAACCAAGAACUUGUUUGCUAGUGCAACAGAAAGUGUUAUGAAGCUUGUUAAGAAAGUUUUAAAUGUUGCAGACAAAGAACAGGAUUCUAAAACAAACCAAACUGGAAGUGUGACUGAUGAUAGUCUCAAUGUACCAGGUUCUAACACUACACAGAAUAAUAUGACCGCAGAUGGAUAUAUGUUACCUUGUGUACCAGAUAAGACAGAAAUGGAAACAGAAAAGAAGAAAUAUGAUGAGGCCUUACAACCAAGUCCGCCAUAUCCACAGACUGGUUUUGUUACUUCUCCAUCAGAACCAGAAGAUGUGAAGAAAAAAGAUGAUGAAUCUUUUGUUACAAAGCUCGAGGACCAUGAACAGGUCCCCAGUGUGAGUGACAAUCUGGUUACCUUGCUACAAAAUGAUGAGGAGGAAGAAACUGUGUCAUGUGAUUAUAUAACUGAUAAAUUAUCAGCUGCUUCUUAUUACAGAAAACCUAUCUGUAAAUACUAUGAUAUUAUGAAGUAUUCUCAAAAAUUGCCCGUUUGUUCACUGAAUGAAUCCCUUGCUAAAGAACAGGAAGAAGUAGAAAAUAGAAAAACUUUACUGAACAAAAAUGAUUUUAUAAUAAAAGAAAUGACACCUGAAACACAAGAUGUCAGUCAGACAGAAAUUAAGCCAUCAGCCUCUGAACAAAGUCCUGAAUCAAAUCAACAAAAUGGGGAGCUGCCACCAAAGGAAACAUCAAAUGUUACGUCAACAGAUGUGAAACUGUCGACGGAGAAAUUAACAGAAUCAACUACUAGUAUAGAGUCAAUGGAUCAAACAAUACAGUCUUCGGCUUCAAUUGAUCCAACAACAUCUUUAACCAAUGUAGAGCCAACAAAAAUAGUUACAGAAAAAUCUUCAGAAGAAACCGAGGUGUUGAAAUCUUUAGAAGUAUCAAGCCCUGAUGUGAGUCAGACAAUUCAGUCAAGUUCUUCAACAGAAUCAAUUGAAGUGAAAGUUUCAGAUACAACUCCAUCUUUAUCUGAGGAGGAACCAAAGAAAACUGUAGAUUUUGUUCUGGUAGACACUGCCUCGUCUCAUUCAAGUAGUAUACCAAUUGAACAGACUUCUGAAACAAAGGUACUACAACCAGAGGUACCCUCUGCAGAAGAAUCUUCAAAAAUUGAUCCCUCUAUCUCAGUAGAAAUCCAACAGACCUCAAUCGUCAAGGCCAAUGCCAGUGAAACUGAAGGACCAAGUACAGAUACUAUUGAACCUGUUGUUGUAGGGGAUAAUGUUCCAGCUUACCAAAAUGCCAAAGAUUUAAGACUUAUCCAUGUUCCUGUCCUGCCCUAUCAGAAACGAGAAACUGCUAUUAUGAGAUUGAAUAAUAGAAUCAAGGCUUUGGAGAUGAAUGUUUCUCUCAGUAGCAGAUUUUUGGAAGAAAUGAGUCAGAAGUUUAAAAAGCAGACAGAAGACAUGAUCAAACAACAUGUGUUUAACAAAACAGUGGGAGAAAUAACAAAUGUUACAAAAGCCAUUGAAAUACAGAGUCUUAUUCAGAAGCAGAAAAUUGAUGUUUUAGAAACAACAGUACAGAAUUUAACAGAGCUUGUCAUUCGUUUUACAGAAAAUAUAGAGAACCUUAAUCAACAGGUACAGGACAGAGAAUUUAGAUACAUUGUGACGGUGAUCGUAUUGUGUGUCAUCGUUUUGAUUCUGAUGAAGAAGAAAUCCACUAAAGUUCCACGGGAAAUCCAAGAGAUGGGAACCACGUCUAAUCUUAAACAUAUCCGUAGAAGAAACUCUUUCUCUGGAUGUGACCAUGAUAAAGUGGAUUCUAUAGGACCUGCCAUACAAAAAUACAACAGUGAAUCUACAUUAUUGAAUUCUGGGAAUUAUUCAUCAGAUAUAGAUCCCGGUGGGACCUCAGUGCACCAUCUGCAUGCAAAGAAAAGAAAGAGAAAGAAACAAAAGAUAAAUGGUUCAUCAACAUCUUUGACAGGUGAAAUGAAAGUCUCUCAUAACAAAACUGGUAUCAAUAGUGCUGGUCUUCUCUUUGGUACCAGUUCAAGAGAAUCUUCCCCAGAAGAAGGUGAACAAACAAAAACGAAAUCCCUGAAUCGAUCUUCAAGUAGUGCUGGACUAUGGAGCUAUUUUGCCAGUGACAAGCAAGAACAGCUAAAACCAAAAGGACCUGACCAAAAAGUGUCUUUAAGUUCUCAUACAGGCCAUGAUAAAAAAGAUUUGUACAACGGUCACGCCAAAACAAACGGUUGUAUCCCAAAGAAGACAAUCAAGACAGGAACUAUAUGUAAUCCUACCAAAACAUCCAAUGUUUGUGCACGUGGACUCAGAUCGGGGUCGUUUAAUGGUUCAGACACGCAUUAUGACGAUUUUAUAUCACUCUCUGAGGAAAGUGUUAACAGAGGUGACAUAUUCAUUGUUUCUCCCUUUAAAAAGAAGUUUACCUUUCCCAAAGGAUCAGCACCAAACUCCCAUAAAGAUUCAAUGUUAAAGACAGGGAAACAAGGAAGAAGUUCUCACACUCGUACAGGUAGUACUGACCUGACAUACAGAUCAGUGUCUUUCAAGGAAGUGAAUGGACAUAAUUAGCUUUUAUUUCUUUGCAUUGUAUACAAUUAAUGUUUCCUCUUAUCUGUUUUAAAGAUUUUAAGAGUGACCAUUCUUGGGAUUGCAUGCCAGAAUUGUUUUGCAAUUAAAAGUUGAAAACAAGUCGCUUAUUUAAUUUAAAUAAUGGAUAAUUUUUUUAAUAAAAUAGCAAGAAAAAUUGAACACCAUUGAAAUGUUUUAAAAGUUAUUGAAACUUGGUAGUCCAACUGGGUUAGGAUGUAUUUUUUAAUUUUUGUGCAAUAAGAUUUGUUGUAUGUAGCAUGUGUCAAUCAAACUUGUUUAAUGUGUCUGUGAUAGAAUUUCAAAGUGUAAUUUACAUAGCUAUUUCUUUGAUAAAUAGUUCUGUAUGUGCAAGUGCUAUUGAUGCAAGAAAAUAAUAUGUUUUAUCUCUUUUAUAUUGUCAGUUUCUGUUCAAACUUUGUUUAUCUCUCUCAAUUUUGAAAGAAAAACAACUUUAGUUAUGAUUUGGGAAUAAAACUGAAAAUUUGUACAUGUGAAAUAAUAUUUAAGUCUCAAUUUUGUGCAUCUUGAGAAUCAAUAUCUCUUCAGUAAUGGUUGAGGCCAAUAAAAUGAAAAUCAAAUACUGUAAAUUCAGAAAUUAAUGCGAGGUGGCCCAAGACCACAAUUAAUGACCCCGCUUUUCAUUGUUCACGAAUAUAGUUCCCCUUAAUUUAGUGUAUUUUUUCUUAAUUUUUUUUCUUUGCCUUUUUUAUUCAUUUGUUAGUUUUUAUGGGGUGGAAAUGAAAGAAGAGAGGUAAAAUAACUUUUUGUUGAAGGUAUUUUAACUGAUUUUAAUAUGGAAAGAGUGAUUAGGUCAAGUGCAAAAAUGUAAUAUUUACAUUUUUCGGAACAUCUCUUGACUUGUCCAUAGGGGUAUGGAUGUGUACUGGCUAAAUUUGUAAGUUACAUCAGAGCAAUCUUUCUGAAUUUUGGAUAUGUUUUUGGACUAGUACUAUACAUUACAUACACAAAACAUUUGACAAAAAUAUCAAGUGCCAUUUUUUCAAUGAGACAAAAAGUUAUAAAGAACUAAUAGAGAAAUUAAUUGUGGUCUGUGGCCAGGUUUUUAUUAUUGCGAAAAAUUCGACUGACUUGUAAACGCAAUAAUUUAAACUCGCAUUUUGAAAUAUUUUAUAUGAAUUUAACAUGAUUUUUCUCAAAAUCGUAAAAAUUAAAUUCGCAUUUAAGUCUAAAUUGACAAAAUCGCAAUAAUAAAUGCACGCAAUAAUUUCUGAAUUUACAGUAUCAAAUUUUGUCAAGCUGAUUUUAACUUGCAGACCUAAAGAACGACCAAACUCAGACAAGGAAUCGGAACAAUGCAAAUAGAUAUGUAGCUUAGGAAUAGUACCUCUUAGGUCCUUAGUGUUUACUAUGGUGCCUAAAGGAGAAUCAAUGAAUGGUCAGCAAAUUGUAAAAAAUAUCAUAAGGACAUGAAAGCUACAGUUACACAGCUAAUAGAUAUAUGUUGUCCUUAAUUUCAAAUGAUUUCUUAAGUUUUAUUACAGCAAAUUUAAAUUAAAAAAUAUCAACAGGUUCAUGAUCAGAAAUAAAAAAGAAUUAAAAAAUAAAAUUCUGCCUCUAUAAAUCCAAAUUAUGUACACUUUUAACUGUAACAUCACACACCUGAUUGAACAUGUUUUAAGUGUAGAAUAUGUUUGUGAGGAAUUGCAUAGGUAUAUAUAAUGAUAAUACUGAUUUUUUAUUGUCAGCAUGUGCAAAGGAAUGCUAUUAAAAGAAGUAAAAUUUACAGGUUGAAUUCUAUUAAGGUGGUACCCAACACUUUCACUAAAAUUAAUUUGGCUCGUUUAUUUUUCAUAAAUUUUGACUAAGUAUUUACUUUGACCCUUUAACAAAAAUAUAAAAGUUUCAAAAAUUUUGAACCAACUGUUUUGUCAGAAAAAUUACACUGGUUAUAUAGCAGUUUGACAAAUCUAAUUUUGAUCAUUGAGAAGCUUAAUAUUCCCUUAACAACACAACAUAAUUAAAACGUUAAACUGAUUUUACAGAGUUAGUAGUGUUGUUAGGUACCACAUUAAAUGAAUCAUCUAGCUUUCUAGAUGUCUAAUUGAGGAGUGAUGCAUCUGAUUUUUAUUUGCAUUAUCGGUUUAUGUAUUCUCCUGUUUUACUUUUAUUUCUGGUGCUUAGACUUAUUUUUGUAAUAAUAUCUUAAUUGUAUGUGUGAGAUUAUAGAUUGAAUACAGUCAACCCACUUUAUAAUGACUAAGUAUGUCACAUCUUACAUCAAGUGAAACAAAGUCUUUUAUAAAAGCUUUUUAUCUUUUCAUUAAGAAAUCUGAUGUUUGACCACAAAUAUUGUGAACAGUCCCCCCCCUACCACAAAAACAUAGUUAUAUUUAUCUUUUAUCAUUAUUAAAACUGGCUAGUGGGAUUUUUUUUCUCAUAUGACAGUAUGAUUCUGAGUAUCUGAGAUAGAGAAAACAUUUUCAUUUGAUACCUGUUUCUUUUGCCAUUACUUUUUUUUUUGGUUACUUUUUUUUUAGCUAUCAUAUUAGGAAUUUUUAAAUGUAACAUAUUGAAUUGCGACUUCUUGGAUUCUCUGAAAUUUGCAAUACCCUUUUCAUUGUUUGUAUAUUUUUUUUCAAAGGUUAAUUUUACUUUGUGUGUAAAAUUAUAUUUAAAGACAAUUUUUUUAAAGUGAAAUCAAGGAAAGAUUCUUUUUUCUUAAUUGGUUUGAAAAUUAUGUUUACAUGUUAAUUGAUCAACUCAUUAAAACAUAAAAGCAUAUCCAUCCAUUCACUCAAUAGGGUAGGUUCAUAAAAUUUUCUAGCAUUCAGUAGAGUCUAGGUCCCACUUUCAACUGAAAAUAAAUGCCUGUUUUAUACUGAAUCCCAAUAGUUUUCAGCUUACUCUACAUAUUUAAUUUUUCUUUUCCUAGUAGCCAUAUUUUCUCUACAAAAUUACAGAAACAUUUCAAUAAGGAUUAUUUCCUAAAUACCCAUAUAUUAUACACACCAUGGAGAUGUUUACAAUCCAUUGCUCUUUACUGAAUACAUGUCUACUAAGUGCAUUAUUAGUCACAUGAUGUCCCAAAUACUGUGUGUCUUUGACAAAUUUGUUUCGAUUGUAUUUAAAUUAAUGUCCUUUUAAUGCGGGUUGACUGUAUUUUUCCAUAUUUUUGUAUUUUCGAUGUGAAAAAUAUAUUGGUAAACCGGUGAAAUUUAAUUAAGAAUUUACUGGUUUUGUAAUA